AUGAAUUUUGGAAUAAAUGUAGAUGAAGGAACUAAAAAGUUUAGAUUAGGAGCUUCCUCCCAAAGAAGAUUUGAGCAGUGUUGGCUAUGUUUUAGAACUGCAAUAGAUCCAUUAUGUACAAAACAAGGCCAUUUAUUUUGCCGUAGUUGUAUAAUGAACAAUUUUUUGAAACAGAAAUUAAAGUAUGAGAAGAAAUUAAGAAUUCAGUCAGGUUCUAGAACUUACUUUAAAAGUGAAGAAUGUAAUAGCAAUGAACAUCAACUUAAGAAUAGUGCUCAAAAUCAAUGUUUAAGUGCUAUAUACCCAGCACAUAAUUUAAAAGCAGAUAUAGACCAAAAUAAUAAACAGGAAUGUUUUUGGAUGCCCAGAACAGUAGAUUUGAAGGAUAUUAAAGAUACAAAGAAAUUAAUACAAAGUGAAAAAAGCAAACUCCAACUGUUAUGUCCAGUCACUUCUAAACCAAUAAGAAUAAAAGACUUAAUAACUUUAAUACCAGAAUAUGAAUGUCCAAGUGACAAAGAACAUAGCAGGUAA